CACUGUUGAAAUACUAAAAAUCUCAUUUGUACCUGAACCAAGUGAGAUAAAGAUGCUUAAAAGCUGAGAGCUGGAUGAAGGCUUUUGAGGGAUCACUCAGGCAUUUGAAGAAUACUUCUUGAGCAUUUGAAUUUAUUGUAGAGAGCUGCCAGGCUGGAGUGGCUCAGUGGGUUGCAGCACGCAGUGGAUCGUUACCCAUGGCCGCCGCCCAAGGCCAGUGGAGGCGGAUGCUCUCUGAUGUUUUCCAGAGACACAAGGCUGGCCAGUUCCAACUCUCCAAAUCCUGUGGUGGAUUGAUUCAAGCCAAUGGAGCCGUUACACAGCAAACCAGAUUCUUUUACAGAACAAAUAAGAGUCUUUCUGCAAAAGAUUCCUUGCAGCCAACUGAAGAGAAAGUGGGUGCCUUCACAAGGAUAAUAGAAGCAAUGGGUUUCACAGGACCACUGAAGUACAGCAGAUGGAAAAUUAAGGUGGCAGCUCUGCGUAUGUACACGUGCUGUGUGGAGAAAACUGACUAUGAGGAGUUCUUUAACAGGUGCCAAAUGCCUGAUACUUUGAAUUCGUGGUUUCUAGUAGCCCAGCUUCAUGUCUGGAUGUGCCUGGUACGAAUGAAGCAGGAAGGUCGCACGGGAAAAUACAUGUGUCGCUAUAUAGUUCACUGCAUGUGGGAGGAUGUUGAGCAGCGUGGUAAGGUGAUGGGGAUUAAUUCUGUUGUUCUAAAGGAAGAUUUGAGAAGUAUGGUGGAAAAUUUCUAUGCAGCUCUAUUUGGAUACGAUGAGGGAAUCUUGUCUGAUGAUCGUGUUCUGGCAGCAGCUCUUUGGAGGAACCUUUUUAACAGGAGCUGUGAGGACCCUCGGCACCUGGAGUUACUUGUGGAGUACGUGCGCAAACAGGUGCAGCACCUGGACGCGCUGAGCGGGGACGAGCUGCUGCUGACCGGGGAGGUGAGCUGGCGGCCGCUGGUGGAGCGCGACGCCCGCAGCAUCCUCCGGCCCCUGGCGCCUGUCUACAACGACGAAGGACUCUGAGGGCACCGGCCCCUGACACCUCUGUGGCUUGUUGGACCAGCUUGGGAAGCAUGUCUGCAGUGGGACUGGGCUGAGGCUGCAAUUGGACUGGACUGAGGCUGCAAUUGGACUGGACUGAGGCUGUGGGGACACUGGGCUGAGGCUGUGGGGGCACUGGGCUGAAGCUGCAGUGACACUGGGCUGAGGCUGUGUGGGCACUGGGCUGAGGCUGCAGUGACACUGGGCUGAGGCUGUGUGGACACUGGGCUGAGGCUGCAGUGGCACUGGGCUGAGGCUGCAGUGACACUGGGCUGAGGCUGUGUGGGCACUGGGCUGAGGCUGCAGUGACACUGGGCUGAGGCUGUGUGGGCACUGGGCUGAGGCUGUGUGGACACUGGGCUGAGGCUGUGUGGGCACUGGGCUGAGGCUGCAGUGACACUGGGCUGAGGCUGUGUGGGCACUGGGCUGAGGCUGCAGUGACACUGGGCUGAGGCUGCAGUGACACUGGGCUGAGGCUGUGUGGGCACUGGGCUGAGGCUGUGUGGACACUGGGCUGAGGCUGUGUGGACACUGGGCUGAGGCUGCAGUGGCACUGGGCUGAGGCUGUGUGGACACUGGGCUGAGGCUGCAGUGACACUGGGCUGAGGCUGCAGUGACACUGGGCUGAGGCUGCAGUGGCACUGGGCUGAGGCUGCAGUGACACUGGGCUGAGGCUGUGUGGGCACUGGGCUGAGGCUGCAGUGACACUGGGCUGAGGCUGCAGUGACACUGGGCUGAGGCUGUGUGGGCACUGGGCUGAGGCUGUGUGGACACUGGGCUGAGGCUGUGUGGACACUGGGCUGAGGCUGCAGUGGCACUGGGCUGAGGCUGUGUGGACACUGGGCUGAGGCUGCAGUGACACUGGGCUGAGGCUGCAGUGACACUGGGCUGAGGCUGCAGUGACACUGGGCUGAGGCUGUGGGGGCAGGAGGAAAAUUUGCUGAUGAAAAGAAAAUAUUCAAUUAGGUAUCCUGUGAGUGGUGGCUCCAGCACAUGGGAGAGAUCCUCUUCUGAAUGUCCACCCACAAAUAAAUGCUGGUUGGCUGGAGAA